AUGGACGGAACCAGAGAAGAUGACCAGGCAAGAUUGACAACCAAUAUGUCCAGGAAUCCCACAGAGAGAUGGAGGGAAGAAUUUGGAGAGACGGAUAUGGAAAGGACUGCUGGAGCUCUGUCACCACGGGCAAAGAGAAGGACAGUCCGGUAUAAUGCUUCGCCUUCUCCUCUUAAAAAGACCGGAAGCGCAUUGAAGACCGUAUCGAAAUCCUUACGCCGGGCUUCUCUUCGUGUGGUCAAUUUCGGGAAUAGCGCACUCGAAAACCAGGUCAGACUUCCCGACGAUGAUAGCGAGAAGAACGAAGAAACUGCGGAUGAUGAACCAUUACCAGACCUCAGUGCAAGAUUACCCAUACGUGGACGUACGCUUUGUUUUCUCGGACCUCGUAACAAGUUACGAUUGUGGUUGUAUAGUUGGCUCAUAUACCCAUGGACGGAACCCAUUAUACUGCUUCUUAUCAUUGUGAAUGCCGUUGUCCUUACACUCCAGGCAUCACAUAGCCUUACCCUCCCUGACGGCGCUAAUGUCGGCGACACUCUCCCUCCUCACGUUACUGGAUACUUCCACGAAUGGGAGGAUUAUGUGCUCUUCGUGCUCUUCGUCCUAUUCACUCUCGAAGCGUUUGCUCGAAUAUGUGUUUCAGGUUUCAUCUUCGAUCCCGACAUUUCCGCUUCAACCUUCUUCACGUCGCCUCUGGCGAGCUCUGCCGACAUCUCCAUGCCUUCGCAGUCAUCUUCUACCAACAACACUUUUCCGCGUCAACUUACCCUGUCGAAUAAUGUCGGCGGACCCCUCUCUCGUGGGCUCUCCAUUACCGAACGUUUCAAUAGACUCAACCGUAAUCUCAAGAGGCCUUUUGAAUUACCGAAUUCGAACAAUGUAACCACAGAGCAACAGAAUCACAACCCCUCCAUAUCACAAACUAUACCUGUUAACCCUGUCACCGAAAAAAUCAAGCACGUCGCUCAAGCGUCCCAUAGCGUUCUCCGAGACCCUCCGCAUCCUACCUUCUUUUCGAGCGUCUUACGCUCAGACCGGAAGGAUCCCCAGGAGACCCUGUCGCUGCCGUUCAGACUGAGCAUAAAUCAGUCACAUAACAAGACUAUGAGAAGUGUGCCAUAUCUCAGGCAAAGCUGGGGAAGGAUUGAUUUCGUUGCUAUCUUGGGGUUUUGGACGUCUUUCAUUCUGGCGAUGCUGGGUUUGGAGGAUGGGACCCAUCAUAUUGGUGUUUUUCGGGCACUAAGCGUGAUCAGGACAGCACGGUUGUUGACCAUUACCUCUGGUACUACAACCAUUAUGCACUCUUUGAAAACGGCUCGGCCGCUACUAGCAAACGUGGCACUCUUUGUCUUAUUUGCGAUGAUCUUAUUCUCAGUCAUCGGUAUCCAGUCUUUUAAAGGCUCUUUACGGCGAAAUUGUUUUCUUCUUCCUGUCAACGGAGAAACACAACAACAACUCUCUAAUCAGUUCUGCGGAGGCCAUAUCAACGAUACAACACUUGUUGCCAAUCCUUAUAUCCUGUUGAACGGAUCAGUUUCAGAAUACACUGCGAAGGGUUAUAUCUGUCCAUUAGGGCAAAUUUGCCAGGAAACGGAAAAUCCGGAAGGAAAUAUAGAGAGUUUCGAUACCAUCUAUUAUGCAGCUCUACAAAUCGUCGUGACUGCGUCGGCGAAUUCGUGGUCCGGCCUGAUGUACGACAUAAUAGACGCCGAAUAUUUCGUUUCCUCGCUGUUCUUCAUCGUCUGUGUCAUUGUCCUCAACUUUUGGCUAAUCAACCUCUUCGUUGCGGUGAUAACCAACACAUUCAGCGCGAUCCGAUCUGAGACGCAGAAGAGUGCUUUUGGUGCCGCAAGUUUGCCUGUGAUCGAGGACGAACGCGAUGAUGGCUGGGCGGCUAUUGAUCGCAACAAGCCUGUCAAGAAAAACAUCGCUAAAACGAUAUACGACUACACCAGAUGGUGCUGGGUACUUCUCGCCCUUGCUUCGUUAACGCUGCAGGCCACACGCACGGCGUCAGUAUCUUCCACCCACGCAGAGAUAUUAUCGUUUGGCGAGCUGGGCAUUACGUUCGCGUUCGAUUUGGAGAUUGUAGUGAGAAUGUUGGCGACGUUACCUGACUGGAGAAGCUUUUUCGUUCGUGCCCAGAAUUGGUUGGACGUGAUUCUCGCCGUUGGAUCGUCCAUAAUUCAGAUUCCAGUCAUCAAGGAUUCGACAGUCUAUUCGUGGUUCACGAUUUUCCAGCUUAUGAGGUUCUAUAGGGUAAUCUUGGAGGUACCUCGGAUGAAGCCUCUUUUGUUGUCGGUUUUCGGAAAUAUGUAUGGUCUCACCAACAUGUCGCUGUUCCUCAUUUUGGUCAACUUUCUCGCUGCUUUGGUGUCUUCGCAACUGUUGCGCGGCGACAUGAGCUCUAAUGACGCGGUGAACUUUGGUCAGCUGUACAACGCGUUUCUUGCUGUUUACCAGGUUUUCUCGUCGGAGAACUGGACUGACGUACUUUACAAUGCUGGUCAAGCCGAGCUACAACUAGGACAAACCGUUCUCGUUGUGCUCUUUAUCAGCUUGUGGUUACUGUUUGCCAACUUCAUUGUCUUGCAAAUGUUCAUCGCCGUCAUCAACGAAAAUUUUGAUGUUGCUGAGGAACAAAAGAGGAGCCAGCAGGCAACUCACUAUUGGUCCACCCAUCAAGUACAAGCUGGGAAAGCUACCUGGGUGCGACGACUGAACCCUUACCGGUGGUUCAAGGCAAAUCCAGUUAAAGUUCAGGUUGAGAACCUUCCAUCGAGUCUUGUUUUGCCCAUGCAACAAGCUCUUGUUCAAGACUACACUUCAGGAACUGACAACCGUCCUAUUGAUAACAAAGCUGUAAGGGGAACUGCAGGUGCUAAACCUAUGCAGCAUUAUACAACAAAAUCGCUUUCCGCCUUGCAGAAACUCUUCGGAGGAGAUGAAAGGGCGGAUGAUGUACCACUCGCUACUCUCAAACAUAACCGGAGCGAAACUUUGGGAGCCCUGGGAGACGAGGAAACUGAGCGUCACCUGGAAUUGCUUGCCUCUGUAAACCCAGAGGCAGUUAACUCUAAUGAUCUCAACGAUGCACUUUUCGAAAGAAGGGCCCAAAAAGCUGACUUCAUUCGGGAUCAUCCCACGUACGACAAAACCUUUUGGAUAUUUUCACAAAAGGAUCCGAUUCGACGAUUCUGCCAAAGACUUGUACAACCAGCUCACGGGGAACGUAUCUUCGGUGUGCCUACAUCCCACGUGGCCCAUCCUAUUUUCCAGGUCAUCAUUUUCCUCGCGGUGAUUGGUGGUAUUGUGACCGAAAUUAUCGCGACACCUGUAUACCGCCGGAAUUACUAUGCUACUAAUGGUAGAAUCCGGGGAGCUUGGUUCGAUCUCACUGAAGCUACAUUCGGAUUCGUUCUGUUACUGGAAUUCAUAAUCAAAAUCAUCGCUGAUGGAUUCUUGUUCACGCCAAAUGCUUAUAUACGAAGUAUAUGGAACGUUAUCGACUUCGUCAUACUCUCAGGUAUUCUGGUCAAUGUCACUACGGGCCUCAUCUUCAUCGGCGGUCUUAGUCGGUUUACUCGGUCAUUGAAAGCGCUUAGGGCCCUUCGCCUUAUCACUUUGUUUGAUCGAAUGCGAAAUUCGUUCCAGUCGCUCAUCAUAUCCGGCGCGAGUCGGAUUUUCGAUGCGGCCUUGCUUGCGAUUUUGUAUAUGGUACCCUAUGCCGUUUGGGGUCUCAAUAUCUUUGCAGGUAAAUUGAACACCUGCAAUGACAGCAACGCUGCAGGCAUGGACGAUUGCACGAAUGAGUACGUUAAUUCAUACAUCAACGAUGCCUUUGGCUACCCUGUUCCUCGUGUCUGGGAUAAUCCUGCUCCUUCGACAAAAUUCUCCUUCGACAAUUUCGGUUCUUCUCUCCUCAUAUUAUUCGAGAUCGUGUCCCUGGAGGGCUGGGUUGAUGUUAUGCAGGCUGCUGCUAGUGCGGUCGGAGACGGUUUGCAACCUCAAACAAAUGCUUCACAGUGGAAUGCGUUAUUUUUCCUGAUUUACAACCUCCUGGGUGGUGUUGUUAUUCUGACGCUAUUUGUCAGUAUCAUUAUUGGCAACUUUAAGUCUAGGACAGGGACAGCGCUCCUCACUCAACCUCAGCGAGAGUGGAUUGACCUCCAAAAACUAUUCAAGCGCCAAAGACCUUCCAAACGGCCCCAGCGAAGACCUCUUUCAGGCCCACGCGCUUGGUGCUUUGACAGAGCCGUUCACAAACACGGAUGGUGGUCAAGAUGUAUGACGGUGCUCUUCACUGUCCAUGUCAUCGUUCUCAUGACACAAACAUAUACUUCCACUACAAUAUCAGAAAGUAUGAGAAAUGAUUUUUUCCUCACUAUCAUCUUUAUAUACAUGAUCGAUGUGAGCGUACGACUUUAUGGACUUGGUUGGAAGAGCUUUCGUGCCAACGGUUGGAACUUGUUCGACAUCUUGGUCACGAUGGGUAGCUUCGCGACAACAUUCAUAGCUCGCUUUGGGAACAUCGGCUUCCUUGAACAGCAACUCCAGAAGUUAUUCUUGGUGCUUGUAGCGUUCAAGUUGGUGCAACGAACAAAUAGUUUGAACAAGCUGUUCAAAACUGCAAUAGCAAGUCUUCCGUCCAUUCUGACUCUCCUUCUCCUCUGGUUGAUCCUAUUCAUGUUCUUUGCAAUUCUCGAUGUUGAAGUUUUCGGGUUGACAAAAUGGCAGACCGGGGAAGACAGAGGCAGAAAUUAUUCUUCAAUAAGCUCUGCUCUUGUAAUGCUAGCAUUCAUGUCCACAGGAGAAGGAUGGAAUCAAUACAUGCAUGAUUAUGCGCUAGUCUAUCCACGCUGCUCGAAUUCAUCUAAUCAGGAUGUUGAUUCGGACUGUGGAAGUUUUGGGUGGGCGUUCACGCUGUUCAUUGCUUGGAACUUAUUGAGCAUGUACAUAUUUGUCAAUCUAUUCACUGGUGUGGUCGUCGAUAGCUUCUCGUACGUAUUCCAAGCAUCCGGUGGUUCUAGGGCCAUCACCCGAGAAGAAAUGCGGGCUUUCAAGAAGGUUUGGGCAGAGUUUGCGAAUCCUCAAACCGGUUAUCUCGAGCGCUCGCAAUUCGUACCUUUCUUCGGUAAAUUAAGUGGCGUUUUCGAAGUCAGAAUAUACCCAGCACAAUAUAACAUCCACAAUAUCGCAGCAGCGUGCAAGGCAUCGCCGUCUGAUAACAGCACGUCUACUCUCACCAAUAUCCAGCCAUGGUCCAACCUGUCUUCCAAUGUUAUAGAAGGUCUAGACAUAGACAAGUUAAACAACGUGUUAGAUGGAAUAGACUACGCCACUAUUCGAAAGCGCCGUGCAGUCUACAAUCGGCUGUAUCACGAAGCGACAAUCGCACACCAGCAAGGGCGAGGAAUCUCAUUCACUGAUAUGCUGCUGUUAUUGGCACAUCAUAAGCUCAUUAAAGAUUCUGAUGCGUUGGUAUUACGCGACCUGGUGAUACGGACAGAGACGAACAAACUCGUGACAGAUCUAGUCAACUUAGAUCGCGUUCAAUCUCUGCUGAAGAUGAUAUCUCUCAGACGGAGAUUUUUAGCACAUAUGGAAAGGAAGCGGGCGUCGAUGUAUGAUCCUGAUAUUCCUGCCAUUGUCGUCGACACGAUGCCUGAAACCCCACCACCAUUCCCUUCGCCUUCACUCUCCCCUUCGAGACCAUCUAGCCGGGAUAUCUCUACCGUAGGGUUCUCCGGUUGGGAUAACUCAGCACCUAGUACACCAACACCUGUGCGCAGAACAAAUUUCGGAUCCGUCCAACUCGAUUUCGGAGCGUUGGGCUUCGGAGGGUCGCAGUUUGCUCAACAACAGCAAUCGUUUCCGUCUCUCUCAUCACGAGAUUCCUUCUCGCCAUCACAUUCUCCGAACACUUCGCUGACAUUGCCCGCUGGAGUGGGAAUAGGGGGAGCUGGGGCCGGGGGUUCAUCAAGCCCAAGGCGUAGCGUAGUAGGAGCGGGUGCGACGGGACUUCACCGGAGCAACCGGCGAACGAGCGAUAUGAGCCAAAUAAGUCGAUUAUCGACUGAUCUAGGAUAUCGGUACCCGCGAGACUCAAUGGGUGAUGAAGAUCCAAGUCUUGUACUUGAAGGGAUGCAGAACUCAAUUUGGGGAGAUUUGAUGGCAGAGGCAAUGGAUGAGGAAGAUGGACGUGAUAAAAGCAGGAUAUAAUGAAGUCAGAAGAAGUGGUUCAGUAUACUGCUGAUUGGGUUGAAUGCACUUACCUUUCCCGCUCUUUCGAUCGACACACUCAUUCCCGUCGUCUCUUCAUCUUUUACCAACUUGUCGUUUCGGACUGCUAUGAGAAAGACAUGGAUAGACAUUAUUUCCUGUAGACUUUUUGCGUAGGUGCUCAACCUUUCGUUUCAUUAGAUCGCAUACAUCGUCCCUUCAUUCCUAUUUUCUUAGGGUAAAUUUCUAGAAGAAUACGCAAUUGUGCACAUGUACAGUAUCAUUAUCUUAUUACCAGGAGCAUUUUGAGC